GUGUAUAAGCAGUGCAUCUGCAAAACAACAAGGCAGCCAGCGCCGUCCUCCGCCACCGUGCCGCUACUACAGCCUCCAGCUUUCCUCGGGAACGAUUUUUGAAGGGAACGCCAAGCUGCGUUCACAAAUGCGCAGAGAGGAAGCACACUGCGGUGCAGAACUGGCGUGAUCUGAAUCGAAUCUUAAAAAAAACCCCGUACAUUAAUAACAGACAAACCGUUCCAUUAUCAGCAACAGACGUACAUUACAAUACACGCUUCACGGUGAACACUGCGCGAGUGACAGCGGCGGACCGAGAUGUCUGCACACGUGAACAGGGAGAGCAGUGUUGUGUGUGGUUUGAAGGCGGAGGCAGAAGAGGACAGUAUAGAGAUCAUGGACAAUGAGAGCACGCCACUGAGGAGAUCCAGGGGCCCCGGUCCCCUCAGUGACAGUAUGGUGGAGUAUCAUACAGAGCCCCUGGGGAGAUCCAGUGGCCCCGGUCCCCUCAGUGACAGUAUGGUAGAGUAUCACACAGUGCACCCGAUGAGAUCCAGGGGCCCCGGUCCCCUCAGUGACAGCAUGGUAGAGUAUCACACAGUGCACCCGAUGAGAUCCAGGGGCCCCGGUCCCCUCAGUGACAGCAUGGUAGAGUAUCACACAGUGCACCCGAGGAGAUCCAGGGGCCCCGGUCCCCUCAGUGACAGCAUGGUAGAGUAUCACACAGAGCACCCGAGGAGAUCCAGGGGCCCCGGUCCCCUCAGUGACAGCAUGGUAGAGUAUCACACAGUGCACCCGAUGAGAUCCAGGGGCCCCGGUCCCCUCAGUGACAGCAUGGUAGAGUAUCACACAGAGCACCCGAUGAGAUCCAGGGGCCCCGGUCCCCUCAGUGACAGCAUGGUAGAGUAUCACACAGUGCACCCGAUGAGAUCCAGGGGCCCCGGUCCCCUCAGUGACAGCAUGGUAGAGUAUCACACAGUGCACCCGAUGAGAUCCAGGGGCCCCGGUCCCCUCAGUGACAGCAUGGUAGAGUAUCACACAGUGCACCCGAUGAGAUCCAGGGGCCCCAGUCCCCUCAGUGACAGCAUGGUAGAGUAUCACACAGUGCACCCGAUGAGAUCCAGGGGCCCCGGUCCCCUCAGUGACAGCAUGGUAGAGUAUCACACAGUGCACCCGAUGAGAUCCAGGGGCCCCGGUCCCCUCAGUGACAGCAUGGUAGAGUAUCACACAGAGCACCCGAUGAGAUCCAGGGGCCCCGGUCCCCUCAGUGACAGCAUGGUAGAGUAUCACACAGAGCACCCGAUGAGAUCCAGGGGCCCCGGUCCCCUCAGUGACAGCAUGGUAGAGUAUCACACAGAGCACCCGAUGAGAUCCAGGGGCCCCGGUCCCCUCAGUGACAGCAUGGUAGAGUAUCACACAGUGCACCCGAUGAGACCCAGGGGCCCCGGUCCCCUCAGUGACAGCAUGGUAGAGUAUCACACAGAGCACCCGAUGAGACCCAGGGGCCCCGGUCCCCUCAGUGACAGUAUGGUAGAGUAUCACACAGUGCACCCGAUGAGAUCCAGGGGCCCCGGUCCCCUCAGUGACAGCAUGGUAGAGUAUCACACAGUGCACCCGAUGAGAUCCAGGGGCCCCGGUCCCCUCAGUGACAGCAUGGUAGAGUAUCACACAGUGCACCCGAUGAGAUCCAGGGGCCCCGGUCCCCUCAGUGACAGCAUGGUAGAGUAUCACACAGUGCACCCGAUGAGACCCAGGGGCCCCGGUCCCCUCAGUGACAGCAUGGUAGAGUAUCACACAGUGCACCCGAUGAGAUCCAGGGGCCCCGGUCCCCUCAGUGACAGCAUGGUAGAGUAUCACACAGUGCACCCGAUGAGAUCCAGGGGCCCCGGUCCCCUCAGUGACAGCAUGGUAGAGUAUCACACAGUGCACCCGAUGAGACCCAGGGGCCCCGGUCCCCUCAGUGACAGCAUGGUAGAGUAUCACACAGAGCACCCGAUGAGAUCCAGGGGCCCCGGUCCCCUCAGUGACAGCAUGGUAGAGUAUCACACAGUGCACCCGAUGAGACCCAGGGGCCCCGGUCCCCUCAGUGACAGCAUGGUAGAGUAUCACACAGUGCACCCGAUGAGAUCCAGGGGCCCCGGUCCCCUCAGUGACAGCAUGGUAGAGUAUCACACAGUGCACCCGAUGAGACCCAGGGGCCCCGGUCCCCUCAGUGACAGCAUGGUAGAGUAUCACACAGUGCACCCGAUGAGAUCGCAUACUUAA